AUGCGACUUCUCAGUUUGGCGUGGCUUCUUCCGGUGGCAUUUGCUGCUCCGGAUAGGGCGCGGUCCAAUAUCGCGACCACCGUGAAGAGAGACGGCAUCACCUACAAUGUCUUCCAUCACCGCGCGACCGGCGCAACACUCGAGUUCGUCAAGAACUCGGGCAUCUGCGAGACGACUCCUGGGGUGAACCAGUACUCAGGAUAUCUUUCGGUCGGCGAGAACAUGAACAUGUGGUUCUGGUUCUUCGAGUCUCGCAACGAUCCCAAAAAUGCCCCCCUGGCGGCCUGGUUCAACGGCGGUCCCGGGUGCUCGUCGAUGAUCGGACUAUUCCAGGAACAUGGACCCUGCAAAUUCAAGGAGGGCGAGUCGAAGCCGUCGCUGAACCCACACAGCUGGAACAACUUUGCGAACAUGAUCUACAUUGACCAGCCCAUCGGGGUUGGGUUCUCCUACGGAACCAACAACGUCACCAGCACCGUGACGGCCGCUCCCUACGUCUGGAAGUUGCUGCAGGCUUUCUAUGACAAAUUCCCCGAGUAUGAGAACCGAGACUUUGGCCUCUUCACCGAGUCCUACGGCGGACACUACGGGCCAGAGUUUGCCUCCUACAUCCAGGACCAAAACAAGGCGAUCGACAACGGAUCUCUCAAGGCACAGAAGAUCAAUUUGGUAGCACUGGGCAUCAAUAAUGGUUGGUUCGACACGAGCAUCCAGGAACAGUCCUACAUAGACUUCGCCUCCAACAACAGCUAUCGCCCGCUGAUCUCCGAGAGGCAGCGAGAUGGCUACCUGAAGACCCUGAAGGAUGCCUGUCUACCCGCGGUCGAUAAAUGCACCAAGACUGGUACCAACGCCGCCUGCCGCGAAGCCUCGAACACCUGCUACUCAGCCGUCGAGGGUCCCAUCCAGGAAGCUGCCGACUUCGAUGUAUACGACGUACGCCAGCCUCGCAAUGACCCCUACCCACCCUCGACCUACAGCGACUACCUUGCUGAUGCGGAGGUCAAGAAGGCCAUUGGAGCGCGCGCCAAAUACCAGGAGUGUGCCAAUGGACCGGGCCAGAAAUUCUCGGCCACAGGUGACAAUCCUCGAUCAUUCUUGCCCGCCCUCACGGAAGUGGUCAAGUCUGGCAUUUCGGUGUUGGUCUGGGCCGGUGACGCCGACUGGAUUUGCAACUGGAUGGGCAACUACGACGUGGCCAAUGCCGUGGAGUUCGACGGACAGAAGGAAUUCCAGGGCAAGUCGUUGGAGCCGUACAAGGUGGACGGCAAGGAGAAAGGCCAGUUCAAGACGGUCGACAACUUGUCUUUCCUGCGUGUGUACGGGGCUGGGCAUGAGGUGCCUUAUUAUCAACCGGAAAUCUCGUUCCAGGCAUUCAAGCAGACGCUGCAGAAGAAGCCUAUUUCUUCUACGUAG